GCCAAUGAGAGAAUUGUUUUUUCUGGCACGUUGUAACGACGGACAGGAAGCUGCAGGAUUAUUCCAACGCAAGCUAAUACAAAGAACACGCGUUGCAUUCGAAGGAUAUAAAUAUAACACGGUAAAAGUUGUAUUGUUUGCCUCGUGUAGUUGUUCUUGAUGGCCCGCCUUUUGUAACUCCGUGGACACACGCACUGGGUAAUGUCGCGCUAACUAGCUUUAGCAUUCAACGGCUAUCCGCUAACGUUUCUCGUAGGCCGCGAGCUGCUUCCUGUUUGCUCGUCAUUGAUGAUGUAGGUUACGUAAAGAAACCUCACACAAUCACACAAUCACGACCGCCCGUUUUUGUUUAUUCUUAGAACUUGCGCGAUACGUUAACAUUUCUUGUGCUAGAGCUUAGAGGCUACCUACCCUGUUAGCUGUUUGGCUAGCUAGCCAGCAUGAGUGAAUUGACGGACAGCAAAAAGUCCGCCGACUCCGAAUCGAGGAAGAGGUGUCCAUUGCCGGACCAGGAUGAGGGGAGCUCUAUCCCUAACAAGUUAUCUAAAGUAAAAGACGCUUCUAAAGAAGUGCGUAAUCAAUCGGAAACUUGCAAGAAUGGGGACUCUGAGAGCACAGGAGCAGUUGGGCGAAAGAGAGGUGAGGAGAAGGCAAAUGCCCCUGGUGCAAAACUGAUGCACAACACCGAUGCUACAACUGCAAACAACUCCAGUUCGGAUGACCACAAAUCCGACAAACCGCAGUCCUCUAAGGCUCUAACAUCUGCUAAUGCAAAGGAUGAUGCCGGGGAGACCACAGGACCAGAUCCCCGUACUCUUCUGGACCAGUCUGAUUCAGCUGCUAUAGCAGCUGCUGAAGCACUUGCCAGCCUCACAGGAAGAGACGGGGAAGACAGCCGAGAGACUCCAUGCUCGUCUGAAAAAGCCAAGCAAGUGAAGCAGGGCGGCAAAGUGAAAAACCGAGGGGGUCAACAGGCCUUAAGAGCGCGUUCCAAAACCCAGGCGGCUGCUGCAGACAGCUCCACAUCCAUGCACAGCACAGACAAAGAGGAUGCUGAUGAUGCUGCAGAUGCAGGUGAAAACGAUGACUCUUUGUCUGGAUCUUCUUCCACACCAAGCUCCUCUUUCCCAUCUGAGAAUGAGGACAAUGAGGAUGGUGAGUGCGCCAUUGUGUCGGUUAAGAUGGCUCCCGAGAUGAGACAGUCAGUGGCUCUCCUGGCGCAGGUACAGAUGAGACUUGAAACUCUCGAGAAAAAAAGCGCUUGGCUCCACCAGCGCCUGGAGCAGAAAAUCAGCCGCAUGCGUCGGCCUCAUCUUGACCAGCGCAGCUCCAUCACAAAAACAAUCCCCGGCUUCUGGGUGACUGCUCUCUUGAACCACCCGCACCUUUCUGCACACAUUGAUGAGACAGACGAAGAUGCUCUGAGCUACAUGAUUGACCUGGAGAUCGAGACUUUCAAGAACCACAAAGUGGGUUUCCGAAUCCGUUUCCACUUUAGACGUAACCCAUAUUUCCAGAACAACAUCAUCAUGAAGGAGCUGCAACUUGGACUUGGAGCAUCUCCUAUGUCUAUUUCCAACCCCAUUCUGUGGAACCGUGGCCAUAACCUAACGGCCAACAGCGAACCCAGGAAGAUGUCACGUGGGGUCUACCAGACGUUUUUCAGCUGGUUCAGUGACCACAGCAACCCCAGUCAAGAUGAUGUAGCACAGAUAUUGAAGGACGACUUGUACAAGGAUCCUCUGAGAUACUACCUCACGCCACUCUGGCAACCAAGAGAGAACGGCAGUGAUACGGGAGGCGAUGCCAGAGCAGCUGACGGCAGCAAUGGUGACGACUGUGUGGUAAUCUCUGAUUCAGACGACGAUCCCGGUGAGGAAACGAGUGAGAAGGAGCAAGGCCUAAAGGAGGAAGAGGAAGAUGAGGAAAAAGAGGAUGAGGCACCAAGUGCAGGGGAGAGUGACGACAAUGAUGAGGAGGAAGAGGAGAAAGGUGGGGAAAUUGUGAUAGAUGCUUCUGAUGACAGUGACCAUGAAACCGAGGGGGCCUGAGAGGACCAGUCAUCAAUGGACAUGUAACGAGGAAGUUAGGAUGGAUACCGGGUAUGCCCGCCGCGCAUUUUCCUGAUGUCAGUUACAUUAUGCACAAAAUAUUAUAUUUUUUUAAUGUAACAAAAUAUGGUUCAUAGGAUUUUCAAAAUCAGGGUUAACUAAAAAUAUUAAGCCCAGGCAACAUGAUCCUAUGGUUUUAUAUAGUAUAUUGUUGAACAAUAUACACAAGGACUGAGGAUUCUUUUUUAAUGGACAUUGUGUGUCAGCCUACCUUUGGCAAAACAAUUGAUAAGAAUCUCACCUAUAUUGGAAGCAGUCAUUUUUAUCGUUGGCUGUUUUUGGAAAAAGAAAAAUUCCAUUCAACUAUGUUCAGUAAUGACCGCAUUUCAGGAGCACUUAGAACUGAACCAAAAUGUGUUCUCAGGGAUGGGCCUACAAUACACUCUUUUACACAAUUCGGGGAUGUGACUAAGCAAAUGUGUACUCUACUGUAUCAAUAAGAACAUAAUUGUUUCAAUAAGCUUAUUAUGUUUCCCCUGGCUUUCCACAUCUUAACAAGUCACCUCUGUAAACACUGUGUGAUAAUGCAUCCUAUUUCCCCCCAUCCUGCUAUAGGUAGAAUGUUUAUUUUUAAUAGAUGUUGGCUUAGAUCUGCGCCACAUGAUGUGCAACUCUUUUUUUUUUUUUUCAAGCGAUGCUAUUAAGAAAUUGUUUCUUUCUACACCUCAGGGCAUGUGAGCAUCAAGAGGUGUGUAAUGUAUUGAUGUCCCUCCUACCCAUUAAUGCUUUGUCCACUUUGCCCUCAGUUUACAGUUGAGAAGUACACGUUGGUGUAAAUAUGUUUAAGUGUUUAUGUCCAACCUCUGUAAUUGUGGAGCCCUUUCUCAGAAAACGCCUGUUUCAUAAGUUGCCCCACAUUUUAAUUUUAACUAUGCCCAGCAGGAUGCUUGCAGUUGUUUUUGGAUAACAACAUUUGUGUACACAAAUAGUAGUAAGUAUACUUGAGUAUGUAUGUACAACUGCAAAUAUAGGACCAAGACUACACGCAAGCAGACAGGAACAGAGUACGCUCACAAGAUAAUGUAGAGAAAAUAAUUAAUUAGCAUUAUUAAAACAGACAUUCGGAUGCACAAUAUAAAAGCUAGUUUAGGUAUUGCCUACUUUUUUCCUCGCGCUGUACCUUGUGUGCUUCGAUAGAACAUUGUAACCCAUUGUGUUGGUUACUUUGAUUUGUUAUGGGUGAAAUGUUCACCGUUUGACUGAGACUUAAUAAAGUAGUAAAUUGUUUCA